CACAGCUUUGCAUCCUGCAAGGAAGGCUGUGAAGGCCACUAGGGCCCUGGUAGAAGUGCUUGACUAAUAACAAAGUAGUACUCCUUCUCAGCCCUCUCCACAAGAAAAAAAGCAAAAGGCAACUUGUACAGCGCAAAGUGAAACAAUUCAUUAUCCACGCCUCCGGAAUAUCGGUGUAAAGCUUACUUGGCUAGCUUUUGUUGCAUAUUUAACAGUCUUCGCUACUGCUUUAGAUACUUUCUUGUCGGCUUUUGUGCAUAUACACAAUCUCAGCUGAUACCUGAACGCGACACGUGCUUGCGAAGAACCCUUGGCCAUGGCAGACGGCGCGCCGCCGGAAGAGGAUGCUCGGCGUUUCUCUGGCGCUCAGGCUGGAACUUCCUCCGGCGCCAUCGUCCCUCACGCCACCGCCAACAACAGCAGCAGCAGCAGCAACCACGCUGGGCCCGCCGGUGGUGUCAAGCGGUUUGUACGACAACAAGUCCCAGAUGACAUCCUGCACAAUCCGCAGCUCAACGAGGCCAUUGCCGUACUCCCAGCCAACUACAAUUUCGAAAUCCAUAAAACGGUCUGGCGUUUACGGCAGGCGGGUGCUCGUACCGUUGCGCUGCAGUUCCCGGAGGGUUUGCAGAUGUACGCGUGCACUAUUGCAGACAUCCUGGAGACCUUUGCAGGUGUAACGCACACGCUGGUCAUGGGCGAUGUGACGUACGGCGCCUGCUGCAUCGACGACUACUCUGCUGCUGCGCUGGGUGCCGACUUCCUGGUGCACUACGGGCACUCCUGCCUGGUCCCCGUGGACCUCAUGAGCGGCGGGCUGCCCUGCCUGUACGUGUUUGUGGACAUCGCAGUGGAUGUGGAGCACCUGGUAGCUAGCGUGAAGCUGAACUUCCCGGACCCGGGCACCAAGCUGGUGCUGGCGGGUACCAUCCAGUUCACAUCCGCCGUACAGCUGGCUCGACAACGCCUCUCCGCCACCUACCCCUCCCUCGCUGUUCCCAAGUGCCGCCCGCUGUCCCCUGGAGAGGUGCUGGGGUGUACGGCACCUGUCGUGGAUCCAAGCACCGCGGAUGCCAUCAUCUUCUUGUCGGAUGGACGGUUCCACCUGGAGGCCAUGAUGAUUGCCAACCCCGCCAUCCCCGCCUACCGCUACGAUCCGUACGGCAGAAUCUUCACACGGGAGCGGUACGAUCACAAAGGCAUGCGAGCCGUGAGGAGGCGGGCCAUUGAGGCGGCUCGAGGGGCGCAGCGGUGGGGCGUGGUGCUGGGCACGCUUGGGAGACAGGGUAACCCCGCCAUCCUGGCCACCCUGGAGCGCCAUCUGGUGGAGAAGGGGCUGCCGUACACCCUCAUUCUCAUGUCGGAGGUGUCCCCGCCGCGCCUGGCGAUGUUUCCCGAGCUUGAUGCCUUUGUGCAGAUUGCGUGUCCGCGGCUAUCCAUCGAUUGGGGCGAGGGCUUCAAGCGGCCCACCCUCACACCCUACGAGGCUCUUGUCGCGCUCGGAGUGGUGCCUGCCUGGUGGGAGGGGCCGCAACAGCAGCCCGCCAGCCAGGUGGCCGGCACAGCAGCCCCCGCUGCUGCGGCUGACGGUUGUAUGGAGGCAGAUGGGGAGGCGGCGGGCAGCGCUGGGGAUGA